CCAUUUCACAGAGAUCAUCCUUCGAUCGAUCCAUCAAUUCCAUCCAUGAUCAUCGAACAUCGUCUCCAAUCAUAAGCCCAUGCCCCUCCCUCACGCUUAACCCUUACCUACGUCCAUAACCCCCAUCUCUCUCGAUCGAUCUCUACCCAUCCAUCUACUAUAUUUUGGUAUACACAUUGCUAACCUACCUAAACAUAUACUCUCACAAUUGCACCAUAUAUAUAUGAACACGAAAUACGUACAUACAUACGCCGCACCUACGUAUAGCAUAUGUAGGCCCAUGCAUAUGCAUGUGUAGACAUUUAUAUCUAUACAUACAUCCAUAAAUGUUUAUAUACAUAUAUAUAUUUAUAUGUAUUUAUCGAAAAAUACAUGUAUAUUUGUCAGUAUAUAUAGGGUCUAGGGUGUAGACGGCUGUAGCUAUAGUAGCUAGCUAAGCUCGCAAGAGCUUAUCACCAGCUUGUGUGUGUUUGUGUUUGAGUUUCUGUGAUUUCGCCAUGCCAACCUCGCAACAAGAUGGCGGCGGCGGCGGCGAGAGGCUGUUUCACGGCGGCGGCGCCGGAGAUGGAGACGGUGGUGGUGGUGGUGGGGCGGCGGCGGCGGCGGCGGCGAGGCAGGUGUGGGUGCCGGGGCCGGUGAUCGUGGGGGCGGGGCCGUCGGGGCUGGCGACGGCGGCGUGCCUGAAGGCGCGCGGGGUGCCGUCGCUGGUGCUCGACAAGGACGCCACCGUGGCGGCGUCGUGGCGGGAGCGCACCUACGAGCGCCUCCGCCUCCACCUCCCGCGCGGCUUCUGCGAGCUCCCCCUCGCGCCGCCGUUCCCGCCGGGGACGCCGCCGUACCCGACGCGGGACCAGUUCGUCGCCUACCUCGACGCCUACGCCCGCGCCUUCGCCGUCGAGCCCCGCCUCGGGUCCCGCGUCCGCGCCGCCUCCUACGACGCCGCCAUCGGCUUCUGGCGCGUCGCCGCCGUCGACGAGGCCGGCGGCGGAGGCGCCGGAGGCGAGACGGAGUUCCUGUCGCGGUGGCUGGUGGUGGCCACCGGCGAGAACGCGGUGGCGGCGUGGCCGGCGGAGGGCGUGGGCGCCUACCGCGGCGCCGUGAUGCACACCAGCAGCUACAAGAGAGGGGACGAGUUCGCCGGGAAGAAGGUGCUCGUCGUCGGCUGCGGCAACUCCGGCAUGGAGGUCAGCCUCGACCUCUGCAACAAUGGCGCCGCCACCUCCAUGGUCGUCAGGGACAAGAUUCAUGUUCUGCCUAGGGAGAUUCUGGGCAUCUCAACAUUUGGCCUCUCAGUGUUCCUUCUCAAGUGGUUUCCCAUAAAAUGGGUUGAUGCUUUACUACUCAUUUUCUCGAGAUUGAUCCUUGGAAACAUUGAGAAAUACGGCCUCCGACGACCUAAGAUUGGUCCACUCCAGAUCAAGUGCUCUACCGGGAAAACACCGGUGCUUGACAUCGGCGCUCUUAAAAAGAUCAAGAACGGCGAAAUAAAGGUGGUCCCAGCAAUACACUGCUUCACAGAGGAUGGGGUCGAAUUCGUGAAUGGCUGUAGGGAGGACUUUGAUGCCGUCAUCUUUGCCACUGGAUACAAAAGCAAUGUGCCAUCAUGGCUCAAGGAGGAGGAGUUCUUCAGCGAGAGCGACGGGUUCCCGAGGAAGGCGUUCCCGCACAGCUGGAGGGGGAAGAACGGCCUCUACGCCACCGGAUUCACCAAGAGGGGCCUCCAGGGCACCUCCUACGACGCCGCCAUGAUCGCCGCCGACAUCGCCCGCCGCUGGACCAAGUCCCUCGCCGGCCCUACUGCCGCCGCCGACGCCGACCACCAUGAGACAUACAUAGCUAAUUAAUUAUAUAUAUAUGUGUCUUAUAAUUAGCAUCGUAAGAUUUUCUUGUUCUUUUUUUUUUUGUUCUGUCGUCGCUGUGUUGGGAGAAAUGUACAUGUCUGAGCGUCUGCUGGUCGAGAAUGAGAUCAAUCAUCGAAGUGCGUAUGUGCAUGUGUGUGUACAUAUGUAUGCCAAAUAUAUAUAUAAUAUGUUAUGUGUCAAUAUAUAAUAUUUAUAUACUACUA